CGAUACUGCCCGAAGCUUCCACGUGGAUUCAGGAGACAGCGCGCUUGCGCCUACGAAAACCCAGUGGAUUCAAUGUCCAAUGGAUAUCUGCAACGCCCCGCAACCUUUCAGCGAGCCAUGAAUAUGGCUUUCCAGAAUUUCGUGCGGAAGACUCGUUAGACGCAGAGCAUCAUCAAUUACUGCGUGAUUGUGUACAUGGAUGACAUUCUUGUGUACUCAAGUUCCUACGAGGGAUACGUGCAGCACAUCGAAUGGGCUCUGCAUGCGUUGCGAGAUGCGGGCUUCAAGGUGGCGCUUGAGAAGUGUCAGUUUUUCCUCACCACCAUUUCCUUCUUAGGGCACGUGGUGACAGACCAAGGGCUCCAACCAGAGCCGCAGAAGGUGACAGUUGUCAGAGAUGUGUCGGUGCCUAUGACUAUCACGCAAGUUCGCGCCGUUUUGGGCCUGGCCUCGUACUACCGACGAUUUAUCAAGGGCUUUGCGGCGAUUGCGGGACCCCUCACAAAUCUGCUGCGCAAAGAUCAGUCGUUGAUCUGGACGCCGGAGUGUGAUCAAGCGUUUUCGAAACUCAAGGCCGCUCUCAUUUCGGCUCCGGUCCUUAUAAGGCCGGAUCCCGAAAAGCCUUUUGUUCUCAUCACUGACUGGCAGCCAGAGGCAAUUUCAGCGAUCCUUGCCCAGGUGGGACCAAGUGGACUCGAGAGUGUAGUGGAGUAUGCGUCCAAAUCGGCUUACUCGGGCAUGAUCGGGCGAUGGGCGACGGUACUGCAGAGCAUGGACUUUGACAUUCGUCAUCGAAAGCACGAGAGACACGGGAAUGCGGACGGACUGACACGACUGCACCGUCCUGAGAAAGUUCCGAAGAGUGAGGAGGUGAUUCCGUGGAACGAACCCGAACAGGAGAUUGGACCUCGGUACGGCCAAGUGGAGAUCUUAUCAAAGCACGGCCAUGAUAUUGAUGAUGGUAUAGUGGUUGACAAGAGCUCCUUCGUCCGUGGUCUUGGCUGCUGCAUUGACCUCUGCGGGUACUCAACAACCAUGAAAAGGUAUGCAAAUAGAACAGCUGACCACAUUGUUGCACGAGAACUGAAGACCGUAGUGAGCAAAGGCGGAGCCACCAUUUACACACUGAACCCGCCACAUCAAAUUUUUGAUCAAAAUGGCAUUGCCUCCGUUGGUGAGAUGAUCAGGCGAGGGUUUGAGCUAUCGCCGGGGGCGAAUAACGGUGCCUUACAUCCCGACCGUCAUCGCCUCAUGAAAAAGGAAGAAAAGAAAACGAGAGGAGAGGGGAGUAGAGAAACGAAGUCGACGGGAACGGAGCUCCGUUCCCCGAGGCGCCAGGUGAUGUCGUUGGGAGGUGACGUGUUCAAUCUGCUGGACGAGCCCAGUCGCUUUGCGUUCUUCCAACCUGAAGAAGCACAGGCCGCUGCCAACACUGCAGUGGACAUCAAGGAAACGCCGACGGCCUAUGAGUACUUAGCCGAUUUGCCAGGAUUGAGUCGCAAGGACGUGAAGGUGCAAGUGGAGAACGGCAAUAUCCUGGUCAUUACAGGAGAGCGCAAUCGGGAGACGAAGAAGAAGAGAGGAGAGGGAGGAGAGGAGGGAGAGGAGGGAGAGGCAGGGGACAUUGUCAAGUAUCAUCGCCUCGAGAGGAGGAUGGGAAAGUUCAUCCGAAGCUUCACUCUACCGAGCAACGCUAAUCUCGGAAAGAUCAGUGCGCGCUGCAAAGAUGGUGUACUCUCUGUCAUUGUACCGAAGAUUCCACCGAAGGAACCCGAGAGGCCAAAGACGAUCGACGUGCCAAUCAGCAGACUGUAAUCAGGGGCCGCUGCUGUAAUACGGCGUAAAACUAUAUUACUAGCUUGCUUGUUUGUUAAUCACCUCAAUUGGAAGACUCUUAACAGCGCGGACAGGUCUCGAGAGGAAAAACUGUGAUGGUGGAUGGGGCAGGCCAAUGAACGACAAAGCACAGC